AUGGCGGCGCAACUGUUAGAAAUUUUGAAGAAGACGACGGACGCAGUUCACUGCAGGGAGGCACAGACUCAGCUUGAACAAGCUGCCAAGAGCAACUUACCAGAAUUCCUUGUUCAGCUCUCAGUAGUGCUCGCAAAUCCGCAGAAUGAUGAGCUCUGUCGAUUCCAGGCCGCGUUGCAGCUCAAGAAUCACUUGGUCUCCAACAAUAAUCAGACGAAGAUGGAGUAUCAGCAGCGCUGGCUAAUGAUCGACAAAAACCUCCGGGAUCAAGUCAAAACGAACUCUUUCAACGCUCUCGGAUCUGAAACACGUCGGCCGAGUUCUAUUCCUCAAGUAAUCGCCGCCAUCGCCGGAGCCGAGUUGCCACACGGCCACUGGGGAGAAGUUAUCCAAGCCUUAGCGACCAAUGCUACUGACGAAAAAGCAGCUUGCAGAUUCGAGCGAACAAAAGAAGCCUCUAUCGAGGCUAUUGGUUACAUUUGCAGCGACGUGAAGCCGGAACUGCUGAGUUCGCAGUCCAAUCUCAUCCUCACCUCCAUUUGCUCUGGCCUUCUAGCGAACCAAAAUCAAUACAUUCGGCAAGCUGCGAUUACGGCGCUUUUCAACUCGCUUGAAUUCGUCAAAAAUAAUUUUGAAGUCGACAAUGAAAGAAAUCACAUCAUGCAGGUCGUCUGCAACCAGACAGUCAAGGACCCCAACAACAGUGACAACGAUGUCACAAUCAGAACGAGAGCACUUGAGUGCCUCGUCAAAAUCGCCAUGCUCUACUACGAGCAUAUUCAAAACUACAUGCAGGAUAUCUUUAAAAUUACGAUUUCUUCAAUGGAUCUCAGUCAACCAGAGCAAAUUAUCCUUCAGGCCAUCGAAUUCUGGUCGACUAUUUGCGAUGAAGAAAUGGAUUUGACUCUGGAAGCCGAAGAGGCCCGAGAAAGCGGUCAGGAACCAACAAGACUUUCUCAAAACUACGCCGAUGGGGCCCUCCCGCAUUUGUGUCCCAAAUUAACGGUCCUCCUUACGCAGCAGGACGACGACACGAACACUGACGAGUGGAGCCCUUCCAAGGCUGCUGGUGUUUGUCUUAUGAACUUAGCGAACUCUUGCGGAAACAAUAUCCUCCCGCAAGUGAUGGAUUUCAUCGGGUCAAACUUCGAAAACCCCAAGUGGCAAAAUAGAGAAGCCGCGCUCAUGUGCUUCGGAUCCAUUCUCGAAGGACCCGCUGUUGAAAAUCUCAAGCCUGCCAUCGACCAGGCCUUCCCAAUCAUCGUCAAAGCAAUGACGGAUCCCUCCGCGGCUGUCCGAGAUACAGCUGCUUGGUUCGUUGGUCGAGUCUGCGAUAUCGUCCCGGAAGCCGUCCUCAACCCCAAAAUCUUCGAGCACGUCCUUCAGGCUAUGGUCAACGGUCUCGGUGACGAGCCCCGCGUUGCCCAAAACAUUUGCUGGGCGUUCUCUUCUCUCUCUGAUGCUGCCUACGAUCAUGCGCAGAAUCAGCUCGGAACUGAAGACACACCAACAACUUACUGCAUGUCUCGAUUCUUCGGUGGUAUCAUUGAGAAGCUCUUGGCCACGACCAACAGACAAGAUGGUAACCAGGAGAACUUGAGAAACGCGGCUUAUGAAGCCAUCAUGGAAUUGAUGAAGAAUGCACCGGAUGAUUGCUACGACAUUGUCCUCAAGACAACCGAAGAAGUCAUGACUCGAAUCCAGAACCUCUUCGCCAUGGAGAACGGAAUCGAUAGCUCGAUGAUGUCGCAGUACCACGAUAUGCAGGGUCUCCUCUGUGCCACUCUGACUGCCAUCAUCCGAAAGGUCAAACCCGAGCACAUGAAUGAGCUCUCCGACAAGUGCAUGGAGUACCUACUCAAGAUGCUUGCCAAAUCAAACGGCGUUGGUUCUGUCCAAGAAGAUGCUCUUGGCGCGGUCGGAACUCUCAUCGAAGUCGUCGGCAAGGGAUUCGAGAAGUACAUGCCCCACUUCAAGCCGUACCUCAUUGUUUCCCUCGAAAACCACGCUGAAAUUGCUGUCUGCAUCGCAGCCGUUGGUGUCGUUACCGACCUCUGCCGCGCAAUGGGCAAAGACUUCAAGAACUACUUCGAGGAGAUCAUGACAAAGAUGUACAACGCGCUUAUCUCCGCCUCCAUCGAUCGAUCUGUCAAGCCCCAAAUCGUUGCCGCCAUCGGCGACUCUGCUCUGGCCAUCGGUCCUGACUUCUCACAGUAUCUUGCUCCAGUGAUGGAAGCUCUUCAACAAGCUGCUUCAUUCGAGGUCGAUGCCAACGACUACGAAAUGUUGGACUACCAAACCGAUCUCCGCGAAGCCUGCCUCGACGCCUUCACCGGUAUCAUUCAAGGGCUCAAGGGCGACGAUGAGAACUCAAACCCACAAGCCAGCCAAGUUCGAGCUCUCGAGCAGUACUUGCCAUUCAUCUUCGAGUUUUUGUGCAAGAUCGCAGAGAAUACAGACGAGAUGACCGACAGCUUGUUGAAAAACGCUUGCGGUCUGAUCGGGGAUAUCUCGAUGGUUUUCGGAUCUACUAUCCCUCAGAAUCAAUUGAUGCAGGCUUUCUCUGCUCAGGGAGUUCAGAGCCUUCUCCAGCUUGGAAACCGCUCGAGAGUGGAUAGAACCAAGCGUCUUGCUGGCUGGGCGAUCAGACAAAUCCGUAAGAUCGAGCGCGGUCAAGCAUAA